AUGCUUUGGAACACUAUACUUAUAUCCCUCGCGCUCCAGGUGAGCAGUGCGACAGGCGAGGAAUUCGAAAGACGGGCUGGACCCCUCGUUGAUCAGACUUUUGACUACGUGGUUGUUGGUGGUGGAACCGGGGGAGCGGCUAUUGCAACGCGUUUGGCACAGAAUCAGUUCAAGGUUGCGUUGGUGGAAGCUGGAGGACAUUAUGAGCUAGAGUCGCUGGCCGAAGUCCCUGCGGCAGACGUUCUGCCCGUUGGAUCUGAUCCUAAUACCAAGUCUCUCAUCGAUUGGGGCUUUGUCACGAAAGACCAGCCUGGUGCCAAUGGACGAGACAUUCACUAUGCGCGAGGAAAAUGCCUCGGGGGAUCGUCGGCUUUGAAUUUUAUGAUCUAUCAGCGCCCAACCCGUGAAUCCAUGGACCAAUGGGCCACGGUUGUCAACGACGAUAGCUACAAGUUUGACGAAGUCCUUCCGAUCUACAAGAAAAGCGUCGAGUUUACGCCGCCGAAUACCCAAUAUAGAGCUGCCAAUGCUUCCGCUGCCUAUAACGCUGACGCAUUUGAAUCAAACGGAGGUCCAUUGCAGGUCUCGUAUCCUAAUUUCGCCAUGCCAUUUUCCUCAUGGAUGAACUUGGGCAUGCAGGCUAUUGGUAUCAACGAGACACAGGACUUUAACCUGGGUUCUUUGUUCGGGGCUCAAUACUGUUCAUCUACCAUUGACCCGGCUUAUGAGCUUCGCAGUAGCUCUGAGGAGUCUUUCCUGUCCAAGAUUCAUCCACCUUCCCUCACAACCUAUGACCAUACUCUUGCCAAGAAGGUCAUCUUCAACAAGCAGAAGAAGGCCACCGGCGUCAAAGUGAAGGGUCUUCUGGGCAACACUGUCACCCUGUCAGCAUCAAAGGAGGUUAUCAUCUCUGCUGGUGCGUUCCAGUCGCCUCAAAUUCUCAUGGUCUCCGGAGUUGGCCCUUCUGAACAAUUGGAAGCUCAUGGCAUUGAAGUUAUUGCGAACCGACCCGGAGUUGGGCAGAACAUGUGGGAUCAUCCAUUCCUUGCGCCUACAUACCGUGUUCAAGUGACUACCCUCACAAAGUUUGCCGCCAACCUUCUCUACGCGGCUGGACAGGUCGUUGGUGGAAUUCUCACUAAGACCGGGUCAUUGACCAACCCAGUCGCUGACUUCUUAGCUUGGGAGAAGAUCCCAGAGUCCUUGCGCUCUAGUUUCUCCCAAGUUACAAAGGAUAGUCUUGCUAAAUUCACGGACGACUGGCCCGAGGCAGAGUACAUAUCCGGUGCAGGAUACAUCGGAAACGUCAGCAACCUCCUAACAAACCAUCCAAAAGAUGGCUACCAGUAUGCCUCCAUACUCGGCGUACUGAUCACACCAACAUCUCGCGGAAACGUCACCUUGAACUCGGAUUCGACCUCUGAUCUACCCACAAUCAACCCCAACUGGCUGGACACUGUUGCAGACCAGGAAGUCGCCAUUGCAAUGUUCAAGCGUAUGCGUCAGGCCUUCCAGAGCGACGCUAUGGCACCCGUUGUCAUUGGCGAUGAGUAUAACCCGGGCCCUCAGGUCCAAUCUGAUGACCAGAUACUGGGUUGGAUCAAGAACAAUGUUAUGACCCUUUGGCAUGCGGCUGGCACCUGCAAGAUGGGUACUUCGGAUGAUGAGAUGGCUGUUGUUGACCCUCAAGCUCGCGUGUAUGGCGUGGAUGGGCUGCGUGUUGUUGAUGCUAGUGCUUUCCCUUUUCUUCCUCCUGGUCAUCCUCAGUCGACAGUUUAUAUGCUGGCUGAGAAGAUCGCCACUGAUAUCAUUCAGGGCAACUGA